UGCGGCUGCCCGAGCUUGCAAACAUUCCUUCUUCAGCCAUUACAGCUGUUGCCAGAUCCUGAAACGGAAAUUACUUCUACGGUGUGCUGAUGUAUCAUGUUUUCCUGCACGACUACUGAUGAAGGGUUUCAUCAGUUGCUUUCUGGAGUUUCUAAAUCACAGUUAUCUUCAACCUUCAGAGUUAAUCAUUGCUUUAUAUAAUCGGCGCCGGCGAACAUCACAGGCAGCUUUCACUUUAUAAAGCAAACCUACAUCGGUACGAUUGCCCUUUGCUUCAUUUUGACCCGCUGAAUUCAACUUUUCUGCAGCGACUGUCGACGAGCAGAAGAUGAACCAAGGUAGCGGAACCCGCAGCGGGAAGACUUUCCUGUUCACGUCGGAGUCUGUUGGAGAAGGACACUCCGAUAAAAUGUGUGAUCAGAUUAGUGAUGCUGUGCUCGAUGCGUACCUAAGUCAAGACCCUGACUCUAAAGUGGCCUGUGAAUGUGUGGCAAAGACUGGCAUGAUUUUACUAGUUGGAGAAGUAACAUCCAAAGCCACGGUAGACCUCCAGACAGUCGUGCGAAACACCGUUAAGAAGAUUGGCUAUGAUGACUCCUCAAAAGGCUUUGACUACAAGACCUGCAAUGUACUAGUGGCUCUGGAGCCGCAGUGUGCGGAGAUCUCAGACUGUGUGUUCGAAGGCAGGGAUCAGGAGGAUAUCGGUGCAGGGGACCAGGGCUUGAUGUUUGGCUAUGCCACGGAUGAGACUGAGGAGUGCAUGCCGUUGACCCUGCUUCUGGCUCAUAAACUAAACUACAGGAUGAAGGAGCUGUCGCGGAAUGGAGAGUGUCCUUGGAUACAGCCAGACUCCAAAUCACAGGUCACCGUGGAGUAUCGAGACAACAUGGGAGCCAUGGAGCCCCUGCGUGUCCACACUGUGGUGAUCUCAGUACAGCACAGUCCUGACAUCACCUUGGAGGAGAUCAGAUGCAACCUAAUGGAGAAGGUGGUGAAGGCUGUCAUUCCUGCCAAGUACCUGGAUGAUAACACCAUCUACCAUCUGCUGCCGAGUGGGAAAUUCCUUUUUGGGGGUCCACAGGGAGAUGCGGGACUCACAGGACGUAAAAUCAUAGUGGAUACCUACGGAGGAUGGGGUGGGCACGGAGGAGGGGCUUUCUCUGGAAAGGACUAUUCCAAAGUAGAUCGGUCUGGAGCUUAUGCAGCACGUUGGGUAGCCAAGUCACUUGUCAAGGCUGGACUGUGCAGGCGAGCUCUCGUUCAGAUCUCCUAUGCUAUUGGUGUGAGCCAUCCACUCUCCAUCUCAGUGUUUCACUACGGCACAUCUAACAGAGACGAAGACGAGCUGCUGCAGAUCGUACAGAAGAACUUUGAUCUGAGGCCUGGAGUGAUUGUGAAAGAGCUGGGACUGAAGAAGCCAAUUUACCAGGCCACUGCCUGCUACGGUCAUUUUGGCAGGAAGGAGUUCCCUUGGGAAAAGCCGAAGACUCUGGUGUUUUGAGUUUAGUGUUGAGUGUUUUCUAGUUGUGUCCUAGUAAAGUUCGCUUAGUGUCACAGGUGAAUUUAGUAAUGUCUAAAUUCACCUGUUUAAAUGUCUUCUCUCUGUUUAAGUGUCUCCUCAUUUCUGGCUUCAAACUGCAAAAGCCGUGGCCACCACCUUUUAUAACAAAGAUUAAUUACUAUUUUUUUAAUUAGAAAAAAGCAACACAUUGAUGUAUUGUUGUAUGAUGGUUACUGUAAAACAUCUGAAGAUAAGUGUCACUUUUAUACACACUGUCAAAAUUCAGAAUCUAUAUCUGUACUAUACAUUUAUUGAUUAAAAGGCUGCAAUAAAAACAGACUUUUAUUAUAAUAUCAUGUAACACUAAUACACUAAUUUGAAAUACUUCAAAGAUGGAGUGACCAAUAAAGUAUGAUCUGUAUCAUGUAACCACCCACAAAUAUAUACAGAUACUAACCAGUCUACAUAUUCACUCUAAAAAAAUAUUGCUUUGGCUCUACCAAGUGGACAUGAACAUCCAUCUACUUUUUCCACUUACCCAACUCCAGGUGAACUUAUCCCCGACAUAGGGAGACAGCCAUUCACAGUCCCAUUAACACCUAUGUGCACGUCUUUGGACUGUAAGAGGAAGCUCGAGAAAGCAUGCAGGGAAGAGGGUGAACAUGCAAACUCUACACAGGAAGGCCCCAGCUGGCUCCUGGAGUCAAACCAGGACCUUCUUACUUCUUACUUAGUCCACAGUACCAACUGCCGAGCUGUCCUGGUUAUGAACAGUCAAACAAUCGUUUUGAGAUGCAUGGUGAGAACAAACAGUAUACUGGCAAGGAGACGUUGUUUAUUAUACCCGUUGCUAAAUUCCGCGAAUGGACUGAUAGUGAUGUUCUGCAGAUGCCAUGCCUGGAGAUGGCGCUGUUGCAUCAUGUGUGGGGUGGAUUGACCC